CUGCAGUAGUUUCAUUAUCAAAGCUUCCCUCACUAGUUUCUAGGACUGUCAUCAUUCAUGAACAGUGUUUUCCAUGCUUAACACUAAUUUCUACAAGUGCAUUUAGGUAUUAUACUAUAAAGACAGUGAGAGACCAAAGUUACCUUUGAGUUAUGCAAUAUGGUUCAUUAAAGAGUGUCUGCUGCGUGCAUUCUUUAUAGACUAAUUGUUCUAGCAACCAUCUGUCACGUUUACAACAGGUUCUAUGAUACUGAAAUUUUUACCUUAAAGAUGAACGUAAUAUUUUUUGCAUUAUUUUGUUUAUCAUUGUUAUCAUUGAAAAAUGGGUAUGUCAGUGGCACAAUUACGGUAGCAGAAGUUCCAGCUGGACAUUUAGCUGAACUUCCAUGUUUAAGCAGUGAUGAUCACCAUCGUUUUAUGUUUUGGCAACUCACAGAUGAUAGACGUAUUAUUGGGCCAGGAAACCCUAUGGAUGAGAAUAAGUACAACUAUGAGGUGCUAACUGGAAAGCUUUUUAUCAGAGGUGUCUCAACAGCUGAAUCUGGGUUUUAUAAAUGUAUUUCAAAAGGUAUAGCAGAUCAUUCUUCUAUCAAUAUUCAUGUUGUUGAGUUGAUUGUUAAAAAAGAUUGGGAAGAUGUCUGGGAAAAUGACUUUGAGACUAAUUUAUUGCGGGGUAUGGCUGCUGUUAUGGUAAUACUUGUUGCUAUAGCAAUCGUACUUUUCAUCAUUACGGCGAAAAGAAGACGAAAUCAAAGAUUUUUUGAUUUAGAGGAGUCAAGGGAAAAUUCACCUACAAAAUAUACACCAAAUACUAGUACCCGUCCUAAUGUACCAACGACAAUAUCAGAAGAAGGUGGUAUUGACAAUUCAGCUCUUGAUAUCGAUUUCCCGAGGGUAUUUAAACAAAUGCAGAAAUAAGUAAUAAUUUUGUAAUAUAUCGUAUGAGCCACUUUUUUAUAGUAGAUCAUCAUGUCCUAUGGAUAUAUUAAACUUUUAGUUGUACUAUUCACAAAAAACAAGUAUCAUGAACUGCUUAAAAAGAUAAUUUUAAUGGAUAUCGAUUAAAUUAAAAUUCGAGGAUACAUGACUGUACAUAUUAUUGUAUAUU